CACGUAAACUUGGAUCCUCCCCCGUUCCCCAGAUUCAGAGCUGCCUCUUUGGACGGAAGGGGGAAAGGGGAAAGGGAAAUGAAGAAGAAGGGCCCCCCUUCCAGACAGCUUCGGCCUUGCUGGGCGGAACUUUGGAGGGGGAGGAGUCUCCUCGCUCCUCCUUGUGGAGGGCGGGCGCAGGCAGCCAGACUGUUGGAGUACCCGGCUGCGGCCGGCCGCUGCGCUUCGGCAGCUCCGGACUGAUUGCAAACUUGUCUGCAGCCGCUGGCAGCGGGCGCCUGCCGAGAAUGGGGAGGCGCGGCCGCUGCUCCGCCGCCACCAUGGGCCCGGACUCCGGCUCCGGAGCGUUCCGGCGGCCGCUUGUGCUGCUGCUGCUCGCCGCGCUCCUGGUACCCGAGGCGGACGCGGCGCGACUACGCGCCAUGCUCUACUCGGCCCAAGACCCCCUGGUGCUGCUAACGGAUAGCUCCUUGAAGUCAACUGUCCUGGGCUCCCCCAGCUCCUGGGUGGUGGAGUUCUUCGCCUCCUGGUGCGGACACUGCAUCGCCUUCGCCCCCAAAUGGAAAGCCCUGGCCAACGAAGUCAAAGACUGGAGGCCUGUGCUCAGCGUAGCAGCCUUGGACUGUGCAGACGAAGCCAAUUCAGAAAUCUGCCGGGACUUUGGGAUCAUGGCUUACCCUACUGUAAAGUAUUUUAAAGCCUUCUCAGACAGCUCUUCUCUUGGAACAGAGUUUUCAGUAUCUGGGAAAACUGUUGAAGAGCUUCAAGCAUCCCUCAUCGAUGCCCUGGAAACACAUCGUGGUGGACGAUGGCCCCCAUCUUGUCCCCCAUUGUCACCAAUCAGGCGGGACGAGAUUAAUAGUUUCUUCUUGAGAAACAAUGAUGAUUACCUGGCCGUGAUCUUUGAGAAGAAGGACUCCUAUUUGGGUAGAGAGGUAGAGCUGGACCUGUCUCAGUAUCAUGGCAUCAAAGUGCGCAGGGCCUUGGAUGUGCAGGAGGAUCUAGUGAAGAAAUUUGCUGUUACCAACUUCCCUUCAUGCUACCUACUGAGCAGAAAUGGUUCUAGUUUCAGGGUUCCUGUGCUUAUGGAAUCCAGAUCUCUUUAUAGCACUUACCUACAGAAAUUACCUGGAGUGGGCAAAAAGAGUUUAACCCCAACAGUGCAUCCAAACACAUCAGAACGGAUAGCACCUCCUGUUAUUAAACCCGUAGAUCGAUCCAAGAUAUAUAUGCUCGAUUUGGAAUCUACUCUCCAUUACAUCCUUCGGAUAGAGGUGGGCAAGUUCAAAGUCCUAGAGGGAGAGCGUCUGACAGCUCUGAAAAACUUUGUGUCUGUGCUGGCCAAGUACUACCCUGGUCAGCCCAUGGUCCGGAAUUUCCUUCACACCAUAGACGUGUGGUUACACUGGCAGCAGCGGAAGAGUGUGCCCUACAGCUCCUUAGAAGUGGCCUUGAACAGCUGGAAAGAGGGUGUUCUUUUGCCCAAGAAAUCAGUCUGGGUGGGCUGCCAGGGAAGCGAAGCUCACUUUCGUGGAUUUCCUUGUGGUCUCUGGAUCCUUUUCCAUUCACUGACCGUACAGGCAGCUCAGCGCAACGAAUACCUUCAGCAGAAAGCAGAUCCCCAGGAAGUCCUUCAAGCCAUCCGCGGUUAUGUGAAAUUCUUCUUCGGCUGUCGUGAAUGUGCUACACACUUUGAGCAAAUGGCCGCUGCCUCCAUGUACCGCGUCAAGAGUAUGGAUGAUGCCGUCCUCUGGUUCUGGAACCGUCACAACCGAGUCAAUGCUCGCCUGGCAGGUACAGCCAGUGAGGACCCUCAGUUCCCCAAGAUCCAGUGGCCCCCAAGGGAGCUAUGUAAUCCGUGUCACAAUGAAGUCCAGGGGGACCCUGUGUGGAACCUAGGUGCCAUCCUUAAGUUUUUCAAGAACCACUUUGCUCUCCGAAACAUCGUCGUCACCAGCCGGAACCCAUCCGUGGAAGCCUUGCCGGGCCCUGGGAGGCUGCCUGAGGAGCUGGAGAAUUUUACUGCCCCGCCUCCCGUGGAGCAGCCACGCCCCACACAGUCACCUGGGGAACAACCAGCGGACGAAUGGGGAGGAGAUUUGAGAGCAGGGGAGGAAAAUGAGGUUUCGGAGGAUUUGUUGACUUGGCUCAUGGAGGAUGACGUUCCAAACAUGGGGAAAGUGGUCAUCUCCACAGAGCGGCCAAAAUACUAUGGUAUCCAGAAGCCAAAUGUGGAGGAGAUGAUGGUCAAAGAACUCCUGAAGAAGCGAUUGGUAAAAAAUCCAGAUGCCCCUAAUGGAGAAGCCCUAGAUGGUAAAGCUAAGUCCCUGAUCUCAGAUGACGGAGACCAGCCCCUAGUCGUGGACGAUAGAGAUAGAGCUCUGCUCCUGGGCAUUGAAGUCCAGCCCCCGAUCCAGUAUAGUAGAGCUGAGUCCUUGGAUGAGGAUGCCCAGCCCCUGAUCCAGUAUGGAGGAGCUGAGUCCCCGAUGCUGGGCCAUGGAUUCGCUGAGCUCUUUCCCAAGCCACAGAUUGCACAGAAGUUGACCAAGAGAGACACGUUGACUCAGCAGCUGGAGGAAGGCGCAGGCAAAGUCAAGCAGCUGGCCAGCUUCCAUGAGAGAAAGGAGAGUGCUAGAAGAUGAAGAGUUUCUCCGCAGUGUUGCUACAAGCCUUUGUCCCUCCUCUUCAGCCCCAAGGACCCUAUCAAAAACUUGGAAUCCAGGUCACUUUUGGAUUAAUAAAAGAAUGAAGAAGAAAAUAACCAUAA